UAACCUAAUAAAACACGCGAUGAGUGGCUUGGAAGAUGUACCUUUCAGAAUGACCAUAAGCUUUGUGGAUGAUCCUGUGGGAGAAGACAACCUUGCCCACUGCCCUGAGGUUGAGCUGCCCAAGUGUGCUGAGGUCCUAAUGUGCACGAUGCAUGAUUUUUCACUAGAGAAGAAAGUCCUCUACUGGAUAGACUCUGCCUCACGGCAAGACAUUCCCUGGUUUAACGUGACAGCUAAUGUGUACCCCACAGCCCCUCCUUGUUGGCUUCUGUUGGUGGACUCUAAAGAAAACAUGGCGGACAGCCAUGAGGCAACAAGUUGGAAAGCCAAGGAUACAACACCUGUCCGAAGAUGUAUGAGUCUGGGCACAACGUGUGAGAAGCUCAACAGCACUGGGAAAAGAGGGAAGAUGACUAAAAGGGGGAAUGUGGACCAGUGCCCUGAGGAGCGGGAAUGUUCAGAAGGCAAGGAAUCUUCCUCAGCCCCCUCUUUAGAACAUGAUAGUGAAGAACCUUUAUCCAUCACCAAACGAAUGCCCAGCACUCUACCUCAGUUGUUAAGUCUUCCCCAAAGCAGACCGAGGACUUCACCAGGGCAUCUAACUGCUGUGUCAGAAAGCAGUCGCCCAAAAUCACCUUUGGGCAAGCAGAGGCAAUCAAUGAUUUUUUUAAACAACAUGAAGAAUGAGUUGGAAGGAGCCAAGAAGAAGUUGAUGGCUAUCAUGCAUCCCUUAAAUGAAACCUCGACAGAAUCCGCCUUGGUUUCUAAGGCUUUCUCUCUCCACCAGCACUCCAGAAGCAGCAGGAACUUGAGAUAUGGACCCACUUCUCCUGCUCCCUUAGCAAGAACUUUAACUCCCACCCCACCACCUACUUCUUGCUGUAAGCCAAGACUGCUUCAUGCCGCGGGGCUCAUCCGUCCCCUCCAACAGCAUAAGCCUACUGUGGCAUCUCUCAGCCCAUAUUCCUGCCUCCCGCGCCCUCCGGCGGUCCAGCGACCUCUGAGUCCCUACAGAGCUCAUCCUGACUCCACAGCUGAUCUGCUCUCGGUGCUCAGCCAAGAGGAGCGUGACCUCAUUGAACCAAUUUUAGCCUUGGGUUAUCCAAUACGGCGAGCGAUCCUUGCUCUGCAGAAGACUGGGAGACAAAGCUUAGGACAGUUCCUCAGUUAUCUCAAUGCCUGCGAUAAACUUCUGAAACAGGGUCAUGAAGAGGCACAGGUGGUGGAAGCAAUGGAAAUGUUCCAGAACUCAGAGAAAAAGGCAGCAGAAUUCCUUCGCCUCUUAGCACAGUUCAACGACAUGGGUUUCCAGCAAGCUGACAUCAAAGAGGUCCUCCUGUUGUGUGAAAACCACCGAGAUCGGGCCCUCGAGGAGCUCAUGACACGAAGCCAAUGAAUGUGUUCCAGGCCCAGCAAGCAAGCCUUGAGGUCCCAAGAGUGGGCCCAAUCUGCACAUUGCUACUAGGGCAGGCUUUGAAUGUAAGAACCUAGUGCAGUGUUUCUCAACCUUGGCAACUUCAAGCUGGGUGGACUUCAACUCCCAGAAUUCCCCAGCCAGCCCUGUUGAAGUCCACCCAGCUUGAAGUUGCCAAGGUUGAAAAAGACUGACCUAGUGCAUCAGACAAAGCCCAUGUAAUCCAGCACGUCAUUUUCAGUAGUGGCUAGCCAGAUGUUUUCGGGCAAUGUCUGAGCAGGGCAUGAAGCUCAUUUCACCAUCUUCCUUCUCAAAACUAUAUUCUCAAAGUUGGUAUAAGGCCAUGUUGCUGAAGCUCUGACAUUUCCAUUGCCCAAAAGAGAUUAGAGUUGAUACCAGAAGAACCAUGGUAACUUAUAACCUAUUUAUUGCUCUAUCUGAUCUUUAUUGAGAGAUUCUCUA